AUGCCUGAUACGCCAGAGACAGGUCCAGGGUUACCCCCCAACCGUGCCACUGAAUCCCAAAGACAAGAUCCCCAAUUGUCGGGUCCUUUUCGUUCACAAUUGACCGAUAGGACUUACCUGUACACUGACAAUCUGCAAAUUGAGGCAACAAGCACAUCAGCAACAGCCCCUUGCUCCGACCUCGAAGGGCAUCCAUACCAGUCAAUUUCCCACUAUGAACAACAAGGCUCAUCGGUCCAGGACUCAUCCCAAGAAAGCCUACUUAGUGGCGCUGUUGGAUUCCAAUAUAGGCUGCGAGACCCAUUCCAGUUUGUGCCGGAACUCCACGAACUGCCUACAUCUUUGGGACUGCCCCAGUUUCACAAUGCACAUAAUUUUGUAACGGACUUCCUCGUCCCAGGCACAGAUGAUGAGGUUGCGAAUCGUGUAUCGUCUGGAUCAUCAGUAGCUGAGCCAGGCUCGAUCCUGGGCGAAUCUGGGCGUACUUACCAUGGGUACGAGCCCGGGAAAUACUUUUUGCCCAAUGACGCUGCCGAACAGGAUCGUCUUGACUUCCAGCACGCGGCACUUGUGCAACUAUUUGGUGAUCGCUUGUUUCGAGCUCCUCUGGAUCCAAACCUCAAGUACACGCUUGAUGUUGCUACAGGAACUGGUAUAUGGGCCUUAGAGUUUGCUCAGAAGUUUCCAAACGCGCAAGUUAUUGGUACAGAUCUCAGCCUGAUCCAACCUCUGAAUCUUGCCGCUCCCAAUUGCCAGUUUUACAGGCAAGACGCAGAGAAAGACUGGGACUUCGGCGGCAUACUGUUUGAUUAUAUACACUUAAGAUUUACUUUCUCAUGCUUUGACAACCCCAGAGGCGUAGCUCAAUCCGUGUUUGACAGCCUCAAUCCGGGGGGCUGGGUUGAGUAUCAAGAAUCCAUCUUUGAUCUUGGAGUCAUGGGAGGGACAGCUGAAGGUACCGCCUACAAGGAGUAUUGCGAUCGAUGCAACGCCGGCGCAAGAAUACUUCGAGGACGUGACAUGAGAACUGCGCCUUGCUUGAAAGGUUGGCUGGAGGAAUUAGGCUACGAAGGGGUAGUAGAAGAGAAGUACCUGCUACCUGCAAACCCUUGGCCAAAGGAGCGCAAAAUCCGGAGAGUGGGACUUUGGUGGCUGAGAAAUGCACUUGACGGCCUACGGGGUAUUGGAUGGAAGAUGCUGCAGGCGACAGGACUGACGCCUUCAGAAAUCGAAACACUGGUCAACAACGCGAAGGCAGAGGUUCGUGACACAUCCAACCGUUUCUAUUUUACAGUUUAUGUAGUCUAUGGACGCAAGCCACUUGGUCACUACCAGCGUUUCUAG